AGACUGGGGGCGAUGCGCUUGCGGGAGCGAAAGGGAUCUCAAGACGGCCAGUGCCUCAAAGUUCGGAUGCGACAUCACACCGCCAGAUCGCGCGCACCACGUUCCUGGGCAAGCGUUCCGUCGGGGAGACGCCAAUCUAGCGGCAAGACCGUCCGAUCUAUCUUGUUAGGGCUCGCGAGCUGCCGUCAAGACCGAGAUUGAAACCAACCUCGAGCCAGGCCCAAACGCACAGAGUAGCAAACUUCUUUUGGUGCGAACCGGCCUUCUUCUCCAGCUGGCGCUGAAUGACAUCCUAGGGGCAGCAAAACCACACAUUCGAAUCCUGGCGGUCUAGACAAGGCUCCAGCUCUCUCAUGGUCAUCGCCGAGUAAACAGCCAACCCCGGACAAUGAAAUCUUGUUUCUUCCUACUUCUUACUUCCCACACUGCCAGCAUUCAGACCGCGCCAGAGGCGAUUCGCAGUCGCAAGGCGCAAGACGACAGGGAUAGUUUUGAAGUCAGCUGGCCUCCCACAGAAUG